ACAGAUGGNACAGGGAAAAAAUCCAUGAUCUUGCAGUUUACCAGAGAAGAUUGAAAAAUAAAAAAAUAAAAGAGAAAAUCUCGAAUUCUGCACUGUGAUUCUCUGAAUCCCUAUUGGGAUCAGAGUGUCAUUUAUCAAAAAAAUUUCCUCAAACAUUUCUUUUGUCUGUAAACAAAUACAUACAACACAUGAAAAGCAAAUGUAUGCACAUUUUUCUCCUUACAUGUGUUGUAUGUAUGUGCCAUGACAAAACAACAACAAUGGGACAUUCUUGAAAUGAGCCUCUGAAUAAUCAAGAAAUUAAUAAAUUAAAAUAAUUUUUUGAGGUUUUCCAUCAUUUACUUACAUAUUCCAUUUUUUUUUUCUUGGAAAAUCUUGAGAAUUUGUGGGCAUGGCUUUGGAAAGUGAAGCGAAAAUGGAAGGGUGGCUCUAUAUGAUUCGUUACAUUCGUUUCGGCCUGCAAUAUUCGCGUAAAAGAUAUUUCAUUCUUGAAGACAAUUGCCUCAAGAGCUUCAAAUCAAUUCCUACUUCUGAAACAGAGGAACCUUUAAGAAGUGCAAUAAUAGAUUCGUGCAUACGUGUCGUGGACAAUGGACGUGAGAGCCAUAAUAGAAAACUAUUUUUCAUUUUCACCCUUUACAAUACUUCUAAUCAUAACGAUCGGCUGAAGCUUGGAGUUACAAGUUCAGAGGAAGCUGCUAGGUGGAUUCAUUCUCUACAGAACGCCGCACUUAACCCAGGAAAAGAUUUGACUUCUUAUUCCGAAAGAAAAUGGCAGCCUUUUAGCAUGAGUGUUUCCACGAGAAUAGCAAAUAAGAGGUCCAUCGACUGGACAUCUGCAUCUUCUAUGCAUGUGAAUGCAAUGACAUCUGAUGUAAUAGCACCGUCUCCUUGGAAAAUAUUCGGCUGUCAAAACGGAUUACGUCUUUUCAAAGAAGCAAAGGACAGAGAUUCCAACGGCAGGCAUUGGGAUGAUCACCCGGCUAUAAUGGCUGUUGGUGUUGUUGAUGAAUCUUCUGAAGUUGUUUUUCGUACACUUAUGUCGCUUGGUACUUCAAGAGCAGAGUGGGAUUUUUGCUUCUAUCGGGGCAGUGUGGUCGAGCAUCUUGAUGGUGGUGGUUAUCUGAUUACCCCUAUUCAACACGGCAAAGAAUGUGUAAUAAAACACAUGCUAGCCGUCGAUUGGAAGUUAUGGAAAUCCUACAUCAAGAAAGCUUCCUCAAGAUCCAUAACUAUUCGUAUGCUUUGCAAAGUCGCAGCCUUGAGAGAGCUGUUCAGGGCAAAAUCGGGAAUUACCAAUAGCCACGAGUAUUUAUCGGGGGACAUUGGUGUCCCGGAGAACAAGAAGGAAACAAUCAAGACUCAGGUCAGUUUCAAGAGGUUACAAAACGAGCCUAGUGAGGAUUUGACGAUUUUCAGGCAGCACUCGACUGGCUCGAGCCUCAUGGCACUCAGUGAUGCGGCCGAUGAGUUCUUUGACGUGCCUGAGCCGUUGGAUGACGAGGGCUUGGACAGCGAUUGGCAUGGAAGCUCAAGUGCCGAGUAUGGUUACACGGAAGCCUACCAGCCGAAAUUAUCUUCCGCUGCCAUAUUCGUCAAGAAAUUGCAUGAUUUUGCAGGAGUCCAAAAGAAAGGUUACAUGGACUUCCAAGAGAUAUCUCGGGAAGGAAAUUUGUCGCCAAAUUAUGGCUCCACACUUCCAAAAGAUUCGACUUCUAACAUACCGUGCACCUGGUCCGCGUCUGAUCCUUCCUUGUUCCUUAUUCGUGGUGAUAAUUAUCUAGUCGACAAUCUAAAGAUUAAGGCAAAAGGCACUUUACUGCAAAUGGUUGGUGCUGAUUGGCUGAGAUCUGACAAGCGAGAAGAUGAUCUUGCUGGCCGAUAUGGUAGCAUCGUUCAGGUCCCGGGUUCGGCCACGUACAAUUUGGCACUAUAUUAUAUGCUAAAAACUCCCUUGGAAGAAACACCUCUGCUCGAGCGCUUUGUGAAUGGAGAUGAUGCUUUAAGGAAUUCGAGGUUCAAACUCAUUCCGUACAUCUCUAAGGGAUCUUGGAUUGUGAAGCAGAGUGUGGGAAAGAAAUCUUGCUUGGUAGGCCAAGCCCUCGAAGUUAAUUACUUUCGCGGCAAAAACUAUUUGGAGCUCGGCAUUGAUGUUGGCUCGUCAACUGUGGCGAGGGGUGUGGUUAGUCUCGUGCUCGGUUAUCUCAACAAUCUCGUUAUAGAAAUGGCCUUCUUGAUCCAGGGAAAUACAGCAGAAGAGCUGCCCGAGUUCCUGCUCGGGACUUGUCGACUUAACUAUCUCGAUGCAUCAAAGUCGGUUUGUACCGACUCAAUUAGCAUGAGCUAA